GUGAUCAUAUUCUUUUUUUUUUUUGUCCUUAAAAAAAAAUUCAUGAAAACAUAAGACAGUGGAUGGAUUGCAGGGCAUUGACUGGUGUCCAAGUAAGCAUGGAAGAGGCGCAGUUAUACUUGGAUGCCUCAGAGAGGAAAGACAAAGAGCUUUAUGAAGAAUGCUUAAGACAGUUCAUCAAGCAUCUCCAAGAUGGGAAAAUGGAAUGCAUCUUCCCCUGGCUGCGAAAACAACUGGGCAUUUCAGAGAGUGACAUGGCACAGGAAAUGCAGAGGAUGAAGGAGUCAUACGCUGCAGAAGAGGCAAAGCUGAGUGAAUUGGGAAACGAGAGAAUGUCGGUGGAACACCAGCUGUUCAGCUUUCUGAUCGUCCACAGCUAUUACUUCAGCUCGGCAUGUCAGCCACCCAAGCAGCAGAUGCACAGUUUCCCGAAAUGGAAGUCCCUUGAUUCAAAAUCGAACAUGAUGAAAAUACUGUCUCCGGUUGGAAAUAAGGAGGCAAGGUCUCCGGAUGCAUUCCAGAUCAGCUCACCCACUUGCUCAUUCCAAGCACCUAACGAGUAUAGGUGUAGCAUCUGCAACAAUGUGUACAUCGAUCCUGUCAUCAUCUCCUCAGGGUAUUCAUUCUGCAGGCAGUGCCUCCAUAAUUGGUGGGACAAAAGCCCCCAUGAUCCUGUGUGCCCCAUCACUCGGAAGCCCCUUCGCGGUGAUAUGAUCCCAAACAUCGCUCUUCAGCAAGUCACGACAUUCUUGCAAGCUGUUCUUAGCGGCCUUUACCAAGCCAUAAAAGUGACUGUUGAUGGUGCAGAUUCACCAAUGAUAUGUGGAUCUACUGGACAUUUGGAGGCGGAAGAAGAAGUCCUGCCAAGGGCUAUGAGAUACCUCCGAAGCUCUGAUGGCAAUGUGUUGGAGAUGUUGAAGAAUGGAGUGCAACCUCUGGUGAAGCUUGGAGAGAAUCCCAAGUGGAGACAGACGAUCUUCGAUCAGGGGGUGGUGGACUCGUGUGUGAAUCUUGUGAGGCAAAACCGUUGGAUGCCGAUUGAGGACGUCUUGCAACUUCUCGUCCAUCUGACGGUGCAGGACUUUGCAGAGAUGGCCACAUUGCAUGAUAGACGGUGCACCAUUGCAGAGAAGGCAUUUGACGCUGUUCUGUUUCCGGUCCUAGGCUCUGGUCAAUACCUAAUGGCAGAUGGAAGCAGUCUUGAUCUUGCAAUGAGAGUGAUAUUCAAUCUCCUUAGAGAUACUAAGGCCAGCAAGGUUAUCUUGCACACGACCGGUGUCAUAAAGCAGCUGUGCAGACUUGUCAUGUCACAGGAUGUUGGGAGCAGCAAAUUUGUUAGCAAGGACAACAUGGCAGCCCAUUGUUUGCAGCUGCUUGGAGGCCUUACGAACGAUUCUAAGGAAUUGGAUCCAAUCGCUCUCCACACACUCUUGUCAGCACUGCUUGUGCUGGCAGAGGAUUCUGGACCUAUGGACUACCCGUGGGUCCUUGGCACAGUGGAAAAGAUUGUGACUUUUGCCGAAAAGCAUGGGAACGACUGCUUGAGAGAGGUGCGGGAGGUGGUCACAGAUCCUCACAAUUUGGAGGUGGUAUUGUCGAGAGUGAGUCUGGAGGAGCAUCCAGAGGUCUGCCUUGCAUCGCUGCGCGUGCUAUGGCGGUUACUCUCAAAUCCUUCCUGUGCUCUUGCUCUCACUGAUAAUGGACAUCUCUGUCCCCCGGCGUCUCAUAUCAUUCCACAGGUGCUUGACAUUAUAGCAAAGGGAAAGGAAGGAGGAAAACAGGAUGAGGUUGAAUGUGCUGUUCGGGCAGUCAUGGCUAUGGUACGAAACAUUGGUGCGUGCACCUGUAAGGAGCUGCUGGAUCCUAAGGUUAAUGCCAUGGGCCAGUUCAUGCAGCUACUAAGAUCGCGCAUUCAAGGCAAGUGCCAAAUGAGCAUAGAGGUUUGUCUAGAAUUGCUCAAUGGCCUGGACGCAUUGCUCACUGCGUCCUGUGAUUUCGGAUACAAAUUGUCAGCGGGAAUUGAUGGAACGGCCGGUGAAAUACUAGUAGAGCUGUUGAAUCAAACAGAAGAAAGUUUUUCAAUUGCCGGCCGUGCUGCUGCGGCACGCCUGCUCGCACGUGCUGCCACAUUAGAUCCAUCAUGUCAGGCACAACUCCUCGUGAAUGGGGGGAUCGAGGCUCUGUGGGAACUUGUCAAACACGUGGAUGAAGAGCGGGACGAACGUGAAGAUCAACAGAUGAUGAUAGAGUGCUGUGAGAGUGGCCUCGUAGCACUGAACUCUAUGAUGCAAACAUUGCAAAGUGAUUCACUGUCAAUCAGAUCGAAACUCGCAAACAUGAGUCAAGCGUUCGGAACCGCACAAUUGGCUGCAGUUCUGUCAUCUGCAAUAUCCAAGCAGAGCAAACUGGUUGCUGUCAAGUUGUUCCGCUUGGCAAGGAAAAGCAGCUCAUUGGUGCAAACUGCAGUGGUUGCCGAUCCUCGAAGUAGAUUUAAGGGAAUCGUCCCACCACUUUUGGAGCUGAUUAGGGAUGAGUCGAAUCAACAGGAUGUCCUUGAGCUGAUGGAGACCCUACUGGUGCUUUUGUCAGAUCCCCACUAUUGCGAUCAGCUGACGGAGACUGAUGGUGCACUAGAUUUGCUGGCAAGGUUAGCUGAGAAAUCUGAGCUUGUGGGCAUCAAAACCCAGGAGGUGGCCUUGUGUGUGUUGACACGUGUGCUUGGAAGCGACCAUGCAUCUGUUAGGCAAUCGAUGUAUGGUGCUGCGCACAGUGCUCGAGUGUUUCUGGCUUUGCUGAGAGGGGUAGGGAGCAGAAAUGGAAUCAGGAACGAUGUCCGUUUGGAUAUCGCACAAGCACUCCUAGUUGCAGUCGAAAAUGACGUCGCUGCGCGUAGGCUAGUGUGCAGUGAACAGGGUAUCAGUCUGGUGAUUGACACGCUGCACGGGACCACUUGGGGGGACUUGGAGGUUCACAUGGUGGGUGUCCUUGCCAGCUUAACCAAGGAUGCUGUAUUCAGUGUGGAGGUCUGUCGGCAAAAUGGCGCAGUUGUGCUUUUGCGAAUGCUGGAUGAGACUUCGAUCAGAGACGAGUGGAAGGUGAGGGCUUUGGAUGGCCUUCACAGCAUUGCAAAGGCGAGUGAGGAAUGCCAACAGGCCCUUGGAUCAAUGAAUGGACUCGUCAAAAAGAUGUUGGAGAUCAUUGACAGAGUGCGGGAAGUUGGUCAGGAAGCAACCAACUCCUUCCAGAGCAUGAUGAUGAAUGCCUUGUCAGUGCUAAGUGAGCUGACAAAGGACUACGAUGCUCGUAGCAUUCAGAGAGUGCUAGAUGCAAGGGGGAUUGAAAGUUUGCUUGGAGUUAUUCUGUCCAGGAAUGUGUCGCUUGACUGCCGGUGUCAUGCUCUUUGCAUAGUCGACACGGUUGUCUCAAGCAAGGAGUUUGUGAACUCGCCGAGGGCGCAAGCUACGAACAUCCAGAUCGCACAUGGAGCGGGUAUGCUCACUGCCAUUGAUGCGGCAGAUGUGGAGCUGGAUCGUUCAAGUGAGGGUGGCAGUCACUCUCUUUCGCAAGGGAAGGGUGUGAAGCCUGACGUCAGCAAACUAGCAUACGAUGAAUCGAGGAAGAAGUACCUGGGCCACUGCAGGCUUUGUGCAGGUAAUCUCCUUGCUUUAGCGAUUCAGAGAGGGAAGAAGGACUUUGCCAGCCUCAACGAGAAGGCAAUACUGAGCCUGGCAAAGUUUGUACAGACAGUGGAGUGUGGAUCGGAAGACCGGACCAAGGCAGCAGAAAUCUUUAGAUGCCUUGUUCAGGAAAAUGAAUGUUGUGUGAAGCUGGUGGAGGUCCAUGACGCCUUAAAGUGUAUUGUUGCUCUGGCAGGUGAGACAGAGAUGGAGGCAUGUCGCGAGAGAGCAUUCAAAGCACUUGCGCCCAUGAUUGUGAAAGGCGAGAAGCUGUCUCGCAAAGCGGUUUACGAUGCUGGUGGGAUUGACGCCUUGCUGCGUGUUGUUGAUGGGUCACCGGCAAGAAUAACUUCUGGAAUGAUGGAUAGUGCGAGAGCCCUCCUUGUGGCUGUAGAGAAGGACGAAGCUGCAAGAGAAUUGAUAAGCACUGGAGGUGGUCUUCAGACUUUAGCAAGGUUGCUUGCAUCCUUGCGACCCCGUUCUGCUCCUGCUCAUGCCGCAUCAGGAGCCUUGAAGUGCACGGCAAGCGGAUCCUCCAUUGUUUUAACCGGCAGCUACGCCGACUCCAUCCGGUCAGAGAUAGAUGAUACAGAUGAUGCGAGAGAGUGGUCUGAGUUCCACUUCCGUUUGGGAGCCGUUCUUGCCAAAAUGGCGGAAGUCGAUCCUCAGACAGUAUGCGCAGUUGGCGGGGAGGCCCCCCUGGUGAAUAUGCUUGUCAAAGCAUUUGAAUCUCCAUCGCUCUUGCUUUGGAGAGCAAGGGUUCUUGCUGGCCUUUUAAGCAUCGCGGAUGCAAAUUCGAACAGCAGGAGACUGUUGCACAAAGCCCAUGCAGUUCAUGCUCUUGUCGAUAUCAUUCGGCUGCGUGCAUCCCGAGAAGUUGCGGAUGCCGUGGCGGUUGUGAGAGAGCUUUGCAAGGAACCUGAGUGCAGAGCUGAAGUUCUUGCGGCGGAGGGGCUUACAGCACUACUCAAACUGCUGGAAAUGGAGGAGUCCUUUGUCUGCCUCACUGCUGCCAUGCACGUAGUAGACAUCUUGACAUCUAGUGAAGAGUUCAUUUCGUGGGAGAAGCAACGGGUCACGCCCAUGGGCUUCCGCAUUGCGCAUGCGGCAGUUAUGCUUGUUGAUGGAGUCUCCGUGGAGUGCAGGGUAGCGGCUGCGGGAUUGCUCUCCCUCGCCUUGAUGAGAGGUACGACUGACUACGAUAAGAUGCAUCCAAGUACUGUGACCACCCUCGCUCAUCUUGUUCGGGCUACCUGUGGGAAUGCGAGAUCUCAAUGCCGGGUGGCGGAGGCGUUCCGUCGUAUCGUCUCCGACUCCACUUGCUGGCCCAAGAUCUUUGAGGCUCCCUACGGUGUGGAGGCUCUGAUGACGCUCGCACUUGGCAGCAGUGGAAGUACUGGCGAGGAGGGAGGAAGGGGAAGCACAUCAGUCGGUGUUUAUGGGGAAGAUUGCCAGAAGUUAGCGACGCACGCUGUUGCUAAGCUGAUUCUCAAAGUGGCAGAAGAACCUCAGUUGCGAAGACGCAUAUAUGAGGCAGGUGGCAUUCAUGUGCUUCUUCGCUCUGUUGAAGCAUGGCGUGGAAGUGUUCCCCAGGGCCCUUCGGAAACACGAACGAAAUGUGCCAAGGCACUGUUGGCGUGCUUGGAUGCAGAAGACGGGAUGUCAAGAGAGCUCGUGAAGAGCCUUGGUGGGGUCAUGCUCCUGCUGCAGUCACUGAAGCUCAGUGUAUCUGCAAUUGCCCCGGUAGGAUGGCAUUGUGCUCGUCUUGAUCCAACAGCUCGAUGGUCCAUCUUUGAUUUCUGCAUUGGUGGUGCCAUCGCCAAGCUCGCAGUGGAUCUCGAUGAGGAUCAGUGUGCUCGCCUUUCUGAGGCGGGCGGUGUUCGUCUGAUGGUGGAUAUGUUCCUUCAAGCCUCAUUGCUGGACUUGGUAGCCAGCGAGCUGAAACUCCGCGCACUUGAGGGGUUGCUGAACCUGGCUAGGCAAAGCCCUCUCUGCCGGCAACAAAUUGGGUCACCGGAGAUGGUAAGACGGCUCAUUGAAAUCAUAGCCCAGGCAGAGCAGCUGGGCUCCUUCUCCUCCUCCUUCUCUAGCAGCAGCCAAAGCAGUCCAUUGACCCCGUAUGGGGGCGUCAUUCCGCCAAGUGGUCGUACAUCGUCCCCCUCCAAAUCUCCCUUCGCCCCCUUCGCCCCCUCAAGCAUCUGCUCAUCCCCAAGGGCGCAGGCUGUCGACGUAGUCUCAGGCGAAGCAGUGCGAGCGUUUGGGCUUCUCAGGGAGAUGUCCAAGGAUUUGGAGGGAGGCUCGCUCAUUAUUGAGAACAAGGGUCUGUGCACUAUGCUGCGGCUCUUAGACAGGGCAGCCGAUGAUCUAUCGAACACCUACGUGGAGCAAGCUAUGGAUGUGGUCCACGAGCUCAGCAAGAAGCAUAAUCUUUCGCGUGUUGCCAUGAGCAUGCAGCUGAGUAUUGUCGUGACGAAGCUCCUGCGCUUUGCCGCCGUCAACAAAGCGGAGCGGGAGGGUAACGGACGGCAAGGCACAGGCGUUAGCUCCAUGGUGGUGGAGAAAGCCCUGAGAGUGGUCAGAAAUCUGCAACUUGAUCAGCGUGCAGGCCUCAUCAAGGAGGAUAUCGUGGAAGUGAUAUGGCAGCUCCUUGUGACGUAUAACUUGUGGGAUGAAGGAGGGGGGAUGGGACAAGCAGUCACAGGUGCAAUAAUCCGCGCACUGGAAGCAUUCAAGGACUUCCCAACUGAGAGGGAGAUCAUGAGAUCCGGCGAGGGCGGGCUAGGCCUGCUGGUGGAAACACUCUGCCACUUGCCAAUGGACCGAGACAUGGUGUCUGCUCACAUGUGCGGUUCUGAGAUCAUCCUCGCCAUGAUGAUGGAUCGCGGUGGGCGCAGUGAGGGACUCGGUGCUAAUGUUGCCAGUAUCGCUGGAAAGUGGUUGACGCAAGCAACUGAGCUUUCCCAAGAGCAGCACAACAACAACACGUGCCUAGCUUGUGCUGCCAUCCCCAUCCUUAGAAGACUUGGCCAAAACCCUAGCAUGUUUAAACGUGAUCGGCUGUCACUCUCUCUAGCGGAGUCUGGCUGCUUCACAAUCCUCCAAGCCUUGCGAGAUUCUCAGUACCAAUGGCACGAAGUCUGUAGAACUAAUGCAGACAGCCUCCUUCAGGAAUGGAUAGCGUCGAGGGCCUUCUAUAGGUACCUGUAAGAUACAAUCAGGUCAGGGAAGUUUCUUUGCGCUAUGUCCAUGCACCGUUGUGGGGGCAUACAAAGGCAAGCUUGCUUGUGAUA